AUGAAGGUUACAUUUAGGACGUUGAAGCAGCAAACUUUCGUACUUGAUGUCGAAGAAAACGAUUCUAGUACAGAGACGCCCCUUCCAGAAAAAUCUAAUCCCAGUUCUCCCUCUCUUAAAGAAGAUGCUCCAGCAAUUACUGUUGCUUCAUCUAACCCACCCACUCAAAUUUCAGCUCCAGCUACUUUACCUACUUCAGACCCACCAGCAUCUAUGUCUGCAGCCGAAGUGUCUUCAGCUGAUAGCGAAAGUGCUCUUGUUGUUGGUCCAGAAUAUGAAAGAACGGUCGUCAAAGCUCUUCGUGCCAGUUUUAAUAACCCUAACAGAGCAGUAGAGUAUUUGAUAACAGGUCAAAUACCCGAUUCCACGAUGGAAGAGGAGGCCGCACCUCGUUCAGACCAAGCUCGCAUACCCAGCGAUGCAGCUCCCCCA